AUCUUGUACUUUUCCAAAUAAGAAAAAACGGCAGUGGAGAGACCACUUGCGACUUGAAAACACAGCUCAAAACAAUGAAUUCUACAACUGAAUUUUGAGAAAAAGAAGGAGACAUAGAGAUGGGUGAUAUUAGGCGCCAAUGGGCUGAUCUUCCAAAGGAAUUGGUAGAGAUGAUCAGUGAACAUCUUGAUUCUCUCAUAGACAUUCUUCAGCUACGCGCAGUGUGCACUUCAUGGCGAUCAUCUGUAUCAUUGCCUUCAUUUGAUCAAGAAAUUCCUCUUCAAAUCCUCAGUCUUCCUUUCCCUUUCUGUGUAGAUGUUGUUCUCUCUCGAAGGUUGAUAUAUCGUUUGGAGGUAAUCAAUCACAACAUAAAUUGUUCUUCUUCAGUAUCAAAGGGAUGGCUGAUUAAAGUUGGAGAAUCCAGAAGGGAAAAGUUGAAGCUUUUACAACCCAUUUCAGAUUUCCAAGUUGGGUAUUGUUCAAUUCCUUUGGAUUUACUUGAUCUUCGUUUUGUUGAAUUAAUUCAAUCAUUUAAGCUUGAAUUGGCAAACCCAGAAGGGUUUUCUGUUUUUGGUGUAUAUAAAGUCAUUCCAUUUUCACUUCCUGAAAGUUCUAGUGAAGAAGUAGAUGGUAUUAUAGCCAUUAUUCAGGGAGGAAAACUUGGUUACUGGCUAGUUGGGGAUGAGUACUGGGAGUUUUUAGAUGAUGGGGAUUUUCGAUUUGAUGAUAUUAUUGAGUAUAAAGGUCAAUUAUAUGUUGUUGAUAGAUUGGGUACUGUUUUUUGGAUCGAUUCAUCGUGGGAAUUGAUCCGAUACUCGCCUCUGCUUAAUAGUCGUGGUGGCCGGAAGACUUUGGUGGAGUCAUGUGGAGAUCUUUAUGUAGUUGAUCGUUUUCUUGAUGGAGAAAGAAACCAUGAAUAUGAGACCAUGGCUACAAGAUAUAGAAAUAUUAAUCCCGAUCGGCGUACAUGUGAGAGAUAUCCCAAGACAAUUGACAUUAGAGUGUAUAAGCUGGAUGAAGAAUGGGGUAGAUGGGUUGAUGUCAAGUCCUUAGGUGAUCAAGUAUUUGUUUUGGGUAGUGAUUGUUCUUUCUCCAUUUCAUCCAGCGAAUUAGAUGGAGGAAAAGGGAACUGUGUUUACUUUACAGAUGAUGAUGAAGCAGGAAUAAGCAGUAACAAUGUUAGGAUUCGUAUGUUCCAAUUGGAGGAUUGUAGCAUUAAAGAACUAGACAUGUCUCCUCAGUGUUCUGAGAUAUUCUGGCCACCCAAUGUUGGCUCAACAUAAAGCAAAUGUUUGCUUGGAUGUUCAUGUGAAUUCCAUCAGACUUCGUUGAUAUAAUUGCUUUGAAGUUGUUCCUGUUGAUAAUUGACUUCCCUCUAAAAGCACGAAACUUUAUUUCCACAGUAUCAACAAAUGAAGCCUAGGAAACAGGCAAAACCGCAUAACAACACAACUACAUUUAGAAAAUGAAAAACAAUUGUUAAGAAAGGCAACCUGAUAUAAUGAGACUAUCUUCAUACUUCUACAAGUACCUUUUUAUACUCAUCUAAGAAAAAGCAAGUUCUAAGAGUUG